CGCGAGCGUCGCGAUAAGAUAAGCACGAAAUUCGUUUCUCCGUCGAAGAGACGAAGUUCCGUCACCGAGGCAGCGCUGAAUCACUUGCACGCCGUUUGCGACGAUGCCGUACGGAAAACCUGAAGCGGAUUCGGGCUGGAGGGUCAUACCCUUCACGCUCAAGAUCAUCGAAUGCAUCCUGGGAGUGACGUGUCUGGUGAUCUUCCGGGCCCGGAACAGUAACGUCACCGUCACGCCCGAGACGAUCGGGAACCCGACGGACAUCGCCUUCACCAUGGUCCUCUGCCUCUACGGGUUCUUCGCCGUGAACGUGACCUACCCCGUCGCGUACCUCUACGGACACACGCCCUCUCCUCAGGUGGGCGACAGGCCUUUUCCCCGCUUUUCUCCCGUUUUUGUG